CGCACUUGUAGAUGCCCUUGUUUCCGUUCAGAAUGGCACAACCUUCACUGCAGUCGUUGAAUGGUCUCCAGAGGCAAGCGAGUUUGCCCGUGUCAUCGGACGGACAGUUGCCCAUCGAGGAGCCUCCGCAAACCGUGGGUGCUACACAGGCCUGGACGGAUGUGUCUGCGUCACCAGCCACACAAGUUUCGCCCCAAGCACAGUCCGCAGUUGUGGUACACGUGAUGGCAUUCUGUACAGCCUGCACGGAGCCCUGGAGGGCCAGGAAAACCAGCGCGGUAACUCCGAAGACCUGCAUUUCGUCACGAAUCCUUCGUUCAGGGAGAUUUCGGUACUGAGCCUGGAGCCAUGGAUUGGGAAGGCCUGCUGAGAUGAACUUUGGUGAGGAAGGAGACACGGAUCAAGGAACUUUCAGUGGCCGCACGUGGCCGAUACAAAGCGUCAGUGAGACGAGCAGAACAUGGUAGCCAUGACGCAAAAACUAGCCAAGUCAAAUCCCGCAUUUUGCCUGGAGCGCGUGCCCCCGAAACCUUGAAGGUUUUCUUUCAAGGUCUCGUGAGCUGGAUGGCUGGUUCCGAAUUGCUUUCAACUGGUGGGAAUUAAUCCCUCAUCCAUUGCGAAAACCAGCGAAAAGAGCCGUUUGAUAUCGCUUCCAGAUGAACCAGUUGGCUCCGUUAUUGGGGCACCCGUCACGGAACCUCAAUGCUAUGUUUCCUGUGGCACUGGGCAAGGUGCCCGCACGAAAACACGACAACGGAAAAAUUAGAGAUGUUUUUUUUAAACUUCAAAGUACAGUUCAGUCAGUACAUAUCAGGCACUACCUUGGCCGCACGGCGUCUCAGUCGCCUUUGGUGCCGCCCGGCUAUAGCGGUAGGGUGGUGAACGCGCUUCCCCGCGUCGACUUCGGUUCCGCGGCUCACCUGCCGACGACAUACAGUAUGAAAAGUCAUCCUGGAGACAGCCACUGGGCAGCUCCAGGCGACAACUCUCCUCACGGCAAGGGGUUGCUCUCAGCAGCGUCCUCCUCAGCCCCAGUGGUCGCAAACCACUGUCCCCCGCUCUCCGAACCCACGAGCCACUUCAAUCUACCGCCUCAGUACGCACCAAUGUCCUGUUCGCCCUGUCACCCUCGCUCAUGCAGUUACUGGACUUCUUCGGACAAUGUGCUUAUGCAAGAGAGCAACUUGACCUUUUGUGUGGACCCGUAUAACCCCAACAUCCCAUAA